UGGGGCUUCGGCCGAAGGAUCGCACUGCAGUCGUGUGUCGCGCCGAACACGCGCGCCCGCCGCCACGCCGCGCUCCGCGUCGAGGAUCACCUUACGUAAUAAUAACUAAUCGGAUCGAAACCGCGACUCCGAUAAUCGAUUGUGAUUGUAAACUGUCGAUAAUCCCACACUUAUUUUUUAUUAAUUUAAUUAUUUUUUUCUUCCGCAUCUGUCGUCUGUGAACUUGAGUUUUGUGUACACUGUGUCAUGUUUUUGUUUUGUUUUCGCUCGGACUUAACAUUAUUUUUGGGCGUAGCUGACUGUGUUUCGCUUUUAUAAUAUAGUAACAAUAUUGUUACUAGUGCGUGUGAUACUGAACAACUAUUUUCAAAAACAGUUCUUGUGAAGUAUUUUGACUUUGAAGUGUUAUGUGGACGUAUAUCGAAAAAUUAUUGUGAUUUUACAAGUUUCGUCUGAGAACACACGCCGAGCAGCGCAACAAUAAGAAAGUAAAAGAAAAAACAUUCGACACGCGAGCCAAAGGAAAGAACAAUCGAGAUAUUUAGUUGAGUCAAGAAUCGAUUCGACGGUUCAGUUCUAUGAUUUGAAUGUAGAAUGUGUCGGUGUGCACAAGUGAUGUACAGACGCGCGCGAUGUUGAUGUGGUCAGUAUGAGCCGGGCGUGAGACUUGGACGGAUGCACCCCACGGGCGCGGCCAGCCUGCCCGCCGCACCAGAGGCGGAGGUGCAAGCUAUGCACUCGAUGGACUGGCUCUUCAAGAAAGAGAGAAUAUAUUUACUAGCGCAGUUCUGGCAACAGCGAGCCACACUGGCCGAGAAAGAAGUGACCACGUUGAAAGAACAACUGGCCACCACAAGCCCGACCCCUCUCCAGGCCACAGUCCCUAAAACCAAUGGCUCCCACAUAGAACCCACCAGGGAUCAAGCUACGGAGACAAGGAUCGACAGGUUCAGUCCUGACAUCAAAGAAGAGAAGCAAGACGUUGAUGACGACGUAGAACAGAAGAUGGAGAUGGCAGCCACUGGGAGAAGUAACAGCAACUCCUCCAGGAGUAGUCCCGUGGUCCACCAGCCAGGGAAUCUGGAGGUAGAACUUGCUGCUAAGGAGAAAGAGAUCGCCCAACUAGUAGAUGACGUGCGCCGUCUCCAAGCAUCGCUGACAGCGCUGCAAGAAGCCCAUGCUCAGCAGCUGCAGCGGCUAGAAGAGAGGCUGGACGAGAAGAAGCAGCACAUUGCGAGGCUGGAAGCGAGGCUUGAUACACAGAGGGACUAUGAUGAUAUCAAGAGAGAAAUCAGCAUGCUCCGAGCCCUCGACCUGGGUGGUGGGGAGCGGUCUCUAGACCGCAAGCCUGAGCUCCGCUCGCCGAGCACUGCGCCCUCGCUGCGGGACCACUCGGCCGAGCGAGAACGGAGCGCCGAGCGCCGGGACACAGGUGUGGAGGAGUGGCCCAGCACGCCGCCGCCGCUCAACAACAACACCACGCACCACAACAACAACGGGCCCACGCCGCUGCCGCUGCCACCGCCGAGCCCCUUCCGCUUCGAGGAGCACCGCACCUACAGGUUCGCUGAGGACAUGGGUCCGCUCCCACCCGGAGCUCUCGUGGGAAGACUCGGCGACUCCCUCAUCCCCAAAGGCGACCCUAUGGAGGCGCGACUACAAGAGAUGCUCAGAUACAACAUCGACAAAUACGCCAACACUAACUUGGACACGCUGCACAUAAGCCGGAGAGUGCGAGAGCUGCUGUCAGUCCAUAACAUUGGCCAGAGACUUUUUGCCAAGUACGUCUUGGGGCUGUCGCAAGGCACAGUGUCAGAACUGCUGUCGAAGCCGAAGCCCUGGGACAAGCUGACGGAGAAGGGCCGCGACUCGUACAGGAAGAUGCACGCGUGGGCUUGCGAUGAGGCUGCCAUCAUGCUGCUCAAGUCACUGAUCCCUAAAAAAGUUGGGACGAAGGAUGGCACCGGCGCAGUGUUCGGACGACCGGAGGGUGACGGUGACGACAGGCUCACGCACGCGAUUCUGAGUGAAGCGCAUAUGAUGAAGACGCCUACCGGACCUCCUCACAAUGAUGACUCCAGAAGCAAUGAGGACUCGAGCUCACCGAGAACUCAGUGCCCCUCACCGUUCUCUAAUAAGGACUCGAGUCAAAACAGAAGACUUAAGAAGUAUGAGAACGAUGACAUUCCCCAGGAGAAAGUAGCGCGCAUAUACCAGGAGGAACUUGCCAAAAUCAUGACUAGGAGAGUAGAGGACAUCCGUCGUGAAGGCUUCCCUGGCAUGUUUCCUCCUUUUUUCAGCGGCGGCAUGCCACCCCACAUGGAGAGGCCCCCAGAAGACAUCCGCAUGGCUUUAGAAGCAUACCAUAGAGAGCUUGCCAAGAUACAACCUGGCGGUAACAUUCCCAACAUGCACAACUUGCCAGCCAUGCCGCACUUUCCAAAUCUCCUUGCGUUGCAGCAACAAGCAAUGCAACAAGCGCAGAACCAGCAGAUGAACGGCUCGGGAGCGGUCCAAGAUCUCUCUUUGCCUAAAGAUAAAAACGCCAAAAUGAAUGGAAUGACUGAUAGUGAUAAGGAUAGGUCAAUGGAUGCCGAAGAGGCUAUUAGGCACGCUGGAAGCGCAUUCUCAUUAGUAAGGCCAAAACUCGAGCCGGGACAGCAAUCAACGGGAUCAUCCGCGUCCAGCCCACUGGGUAAUGCGAUACUGCCGCCUGCCAUUACCCCAAAUGACGACUUCAGUAGCUCAGCGGCAGCAAGUCCGCUACAGAGGAUGGCAUCUAUCACGAACAGUCUCAUAUCCCAACCUUCAAAUCCUCCUCACCAUCCACCUGUACAAAGGUCGAUGAAAGCGGUUCUUCCACCGAUAACGCAGCAACAAUUUGAUCUCUUUAACAAUUUGAAUACAGAAGAUAUAGUACGGAGAGUAAAAGAGGCUUUAAGCCAGUACUCCAUUAGCCAAAGACUGUUCGGAGAGUCUGUCCUAGGACUAUCGCAAGGAUCUGUGAGCGACUUGCUAGCGAGGCCGAAGCCCUGGCACAUGCUCACACAGAAGGGACGAGAACCUUUCAUUCGAAUGAAAAUGUUCUUAGAAGAUGACAAUGCUGUCCACAAGUUGGUUGCAUCUCAGUACAAAAUAGCGCCGGAGAAACUAAUGAGGACCGGAAACUAUAGCGGAGCACCUGUUCUUACAGCAUGUCCGCCGAAUAUGAACAAACCCAUGCCGCCAACACAAAAGAUGAUAUCCGACGCGACCUCCUUGCUGAGCAAGAUGCAACAGGAGCAGUUGCUGGGUGCCGGACACCUCGGCCACCUCGGGCAGCCCACGCCGCUGCUGCUGACGCCGCCCGGCUUCCCGCCGCACCACGCCGUCACGCUGCCGCCGCAGCACCACGAAAAUAACAACAAGGAGAGGAAGCCCCCGCCACCGCCACAGCCCCACCACCAGGCGCCAGUCAUGCGCAACCUGCACCAACACAUAUCGCCCAGCGUUUAUGAAAUGGCCGCACUUACCCAAGACUUAGACACACAAACAAUAACAACUAAAAUUAAAGAAGCAUUACUGGCAAACAAUAUUGGCCAGAAAAUCUUUGGUGAAGCUGUUUUAGGACUAUCACAGGGUUCCGUUAGUGAAUUACUAUCAAAACCGAAACCUUGGCACAUGCUUAGCAUCAAAGGCAGGGAGCCAUUCAUUCGCAUGCAGCUGUGGCUAAGCGAUGCACACAAUAUUGAUCGCUUGCAAGCUUUGAAGAACGAACGACGAGAAGCUAGUAAACGGCGGCGGUCAAGUGGCCCUGGACAAGACAACUCAUCCGACACAUCGUCGAAUGAUACGUCAGAGUUCUACCACUCCAGCUCACCGGGCCCCAACACGGGAGCGCCGUGUGCCAAGAAACAACGAGUAUUGUUCUCUGAAGAGCAGAAAGAGGCGCUCCGAUUAGCAUUCGCUCUCGACCCUUACCCUAACAUGCCAACGAUCGAAUUCUUGGCCGCAGAAUUAGGUCUGUCGUCACGAACCAUUACCAACUGGUUCCAUAAUCAUCGAAUGCGACUAAAACAACAAGCGCCACAUGGCUUACCAGCAGAACCUCCCGCGCGAGAUCAAUCCUCUGCACCUUUCGACCCAGUCCAGUUCCGUCUCCUUCUCAACCAGAGACUACUAGAACUGCAAAAGGAAAGAAUGGGCCUUGCUGGAGUACCUCUACCGUACCCACCAUACUUCGCAGCUAACUCUAACCUAGCAGCACUGAUUGGUCGAGGGUUAAUACCGCCCGAAGACCAGGUCAAGGAUCAAUCUGGUGGCCUCGAUCUAUCGAUGCCACUAAAACGAGAACCCGACGGUGAUGACUUCGAGGACGAUGACGUCGAGAGCAACCUCGGCUCCGAGGACUCGUUGGACGAGGAAUCUAAGACUGAGCCGAAGGCGGCGUCUACACCCGCAGGUCGAUCGAGCAGACGAAAGCCUGCCGCGCCGCAGUGGGUUAACCCCGAUUGGCAGGACGAGAAGCCACGCAACCCUGACGAAGUGAUAAUCAACGGAGUGUGCGUGAUGCGAAGCGACGACUUCCGGAGAGAGGCGGAGGAGACGGUGCGCGUGGAGCCCUCGCCGGUGGCGCGCGAGAGCUCGCCUGGCGGCACGCCUGGCGCGUCGCCGGCGCCCGCCACGCCACGGACGCCGCGCACGCCGCACACGCCACGCCCGUCACACACGCCUGAUGACGUCAUCCCCGAGGACAAGAUUAAGGCCGAGACCGACGACGGCUGGGAGUACUAGGCUCCGCUCGCUCCGCUCUGGUGAAACGGGUCCCGAACUGUGACGUGCAGACUGUACCAUAUCACGUUCGAACAAUUAUUAAUUUAUUGUGUGCCGCGCAGUGUGAGUGUCCGUCGGUCCGGUGGCGACGUUCAGUGCAAAUGUUACUGUGUAGCUAGUGUUCGUUGUAUUUCGAUUGUAAGGCCAAAGACUUUGUACAUACUACCCGUGUAGCUUCUCGUGAUACGCCAGUACGUAAACUUGCGAUACAAAAAUAUGCAUUUUGCUUUAAUUUUUUAAUGUAAACUCGUACCCUGAUUAGGUACAAAUAUCUGAGUAUUUUUAAGUUACGGCUUUUUGAUUCGAUUGUAAAUAAAUAUACCAAAUAUGUGUCGAAUAUUGCCUGUGAACCAGACCCUGUAUAUAAGUAGGUUAGUCUAUUCGUGUAAGAUAACUCUGUCGCUGAUACAGUUAGGGGUAGGGGAAGGUUCAUUUAAUUGUUAAUGAAAAUUAUAAAGUGCAAUCAGAUGUAAAUUUAAGCUAUGGUUUAACGAGCCCCAGUUGAAAAGUAUUAUUAUGUUUAUUAGAACCGGAGAGGUUUAAAAUAUUAUAAUCGGGUUAUAUAAGUUAACAUUUAAAUUAUUAAUGUUUAUUUUAUUACUAUUGUAUGUUUUCUAUUGCAUUAUUUUAUAGAACGCCGCGGGACCGCUCAACUUUGUGAUUUUAGCUGUCAUUUUUAUAACGUUUAGUUAUAUCAUAAACUCUCAGUUCUAAUUCCAUACAAUAGCUCUAUUGUUUGUUUCUUUUCAUUUUUAUAUAUUUUUUAGAAAAUGUACAAAUCAAGACACAAAAUAAUACGAUUAAGCAAGUAAUGUAUUGCUUAUGGUUUAUAGU